CACAAUUAGUCAAAUUAACACAGAAAGAAGAUAAUCCUGCCCUUUGUCAAGUGUAUUGUAGUUUAUUCUACAAAGAGUAGCUAUAUAAGUCAAUCAAGACGUCAACACAACAAAAUCCUACAGUUAUAACAGGUAGCUGAGGAAAUCAAGGGAGAUAAGUCUCAUUGUCUUCAACGAAGAACCAACCCUCACCGCUGCUAUUGUCAAUCUCUUGUCAACACUAGAACCACUAUGUGCGAAGCUCAGAAACAAGCGUUGCCUAAUAAGGUGAACAAGUCUUUACUGCUGGCAUUUGAUUUCGACCAUUCUCUCAUUGAUGUCAACUCUGACAAUUACGUGACGAAACUGGUGCCACCAAUUCCUGUGGAAAUAAAGAAACGGUACAGCAGCCAAUGCUGGGUUUAUUAUAUGGGAGCAAUCUUUGAACACAUGCAUCAACAAGACAUUACUCCUACUCAAAUCUUGAACUGUAUGAAUGAGAUUCCAUUUGUGAAUGGUGCCAAAGAACUGGUAAACUUCUUGGACAGAGACGACGCUGAGAUGAUUAUUAUUUCUGAUGCUAAUAGUGUAUUUAUUAAACAGGUGUUGGAAAAUGCAAAAAUUGCACACUUAUUUGCUGAAACUUUUACGAAUCCUGCACAUUUUGAUGAAACUGGUUGCUUACGAGUGCAGUGUUACCACAACCAAGAUUGGUGUCAGUUGAGCACGACUAAUUUAUGCAAAGGAAGGAUCUUAGAAGAUUACCUGAAGAAACGUUGCAAUGAAGGCGUGACCUUCUCCCAUGUUGGUUUUGUUGGUGAUGGGAUACACGAUUAUUGCCCCUGCCUCACACUUAGAGAGAAAGAUUUCACAUUUCCACGUAUUAAUUACAAUCUGUGGAAAAAGAUUAACAAGAUGCCUAAAGAUGAUGAACUUUCGUUGAAAUCACAGAUUGUUCCAUGGACAGAUGCAUUUGAAAUUCUAGAAACUGUGAAAACUGUUCUGUAAGACCUGUGAAACCCUUUUUAUGAAACCCUAACCUCAAAAUGUUAAAAAUAAAAGACGUAACUUGCC